GCCAUUCUUCACAAUGCCAACCCAAUCUGACUCAUCCAACAACCCCAUCAACACGUUGACCCAAAUGUUUCAGAACAUUUUCUCAGACAACAGUAACAUCAUGCUUGCAGCUAUUGUUUCUUUGCUUCUUGUUAUCCUCUUUGUUCUUCUUCUCCACCUCUAUGCCAAAUGGUUCUUGGCCCAGGCACAAGCUCAGGCCCGACGGCGCCGGCGACGACGAACGACGGUGACCGUCUCCGACGUCCUUGGCCCUGCAAGGUUCCACCAUUUCCAUAGCUUCAACAUACAAGACUCACCCUUUUCCAGUUCUCACACCAAAGGGCUUGACUCAUCCAUCAUUAGAUCAAUUCCACUCUUCAUUUAUGAAGAGGGUGGUAAUGGUACUGGUGAUGAUGAAAAGGGUAGUAUUGGUAAGAAGAAGAAGGUUGAAGACGAAGUUGAAUGUGUGAUUUGUUUGAGUGCUUUUGAGGAUGGCGAAAUGGGAAGGUGUUUGCCAAAGUGUGGCCAUGGUUUUCAUGUUGAGUGCAUUGACAUGUGGUUGAGUUCACAUUCCAAUUGCCCAAUCUGUAGAGCUCCGAUUGUAGUUGGUGUUGUUGAGAACGAUUCUCGUAUGGUUUCAAUUGAUGGAGAUGAAUAUGAUGGUUCUGAUUUGGUUGAGAUUGUGAUUGAUGAUGCUCCAAGUUCUGAGGUUAGAGAGAGUGAGCAUGAAAAUAUUGAUAAUGGAAGAAGGGUAAGUGUUUCUGUGUCAGAAACUUCAUCUUCUUUGUUUGUGUGCUCUUUGGAGAGAAUGCUUAGCAAAGUUUUCCCACCUUCUAAUGUAAAUGAAUUACACGCUUGA